GAAACUUUCAUUUUCAUACCAGAUGGAUAUCUCUUCUUCCAACUCCGAUCCAACCUUUUAUUCCUAAACACCCAAGAAAUGGCAGAGAUGUCGUCGGAAUCAUCAUUGGCGUCGCCGGCAUGGGCGGAGCUGACGCACGAAUGCCUAACCAACGUCUUCUCUCGGCUCACUAUGGAGCAGCGGUGGCGCGGCCCCAUGUUAGUGUGCAAGCACUGGUUCCAUGCCGCCACCGACCCCUGUCUCUUCUCCCACUUCGACCUGGAACCCAUGUUCGACUCCGCCCCCACCGAGUCGCCGGCCUGGUGGACGCCCCGGUUCGAGACCAAGAUCGAUUCCAUGCUCCGGUCUGUCGUCCAUUGGAGCCUUGGUUCGCUCUCUGUUCUUCGGAUCAGACACUGCUCCGAUUCAUCUCUCGAUUGUGUGGCUCAAAGGUGCCCAAACCUUGAGGUUCUUUCCAUCAAGAGCUGCCCCAAUGUUACUGAUAGAUCAAUGGCUAAGAUUGCUCUUGGUUGUCGAAAGCUCCGAGAAGUCGACAUAAGCUACUGUCAUGAAAUCUCGAACAUAUCUUUGGCGUUGAUUGGCAAGCACUGUUCGAAUAUCAAGACUCUAAAACGGAACUUUUUUAAUAAUCUAGAUACUUCCCAACAUAUGGGAACUGUCCCUGACAGUUAUCUAAAUGCCUGCCCUCAAGAGGUGGAUUCAGAAGCUGCGGCUAUUGCAAAGUUCAUGCCCAACUUGGAGCACCUUGAACUCUGCUUCUCUAAACUAUCUGCUAAAGCUCUUAGUUUGAUAUGUGAAGGAUGUCUAAACCUCAAGUACUUGGAUCUGUUUGGGUGUGUGAACUUGACAAGCCGUGAUAUAGCAAAUGCUACAUCAAAAUUGGAGAAUUUGGAGGUUAGGAAACCGAGUUUCGAUAUUCCAAGGCCAGUCUUUCACACGGAGAGGUAUGGUCAUUGGAGGUUGUAUGAUGAGAGAUUCCAAACCGAUAGUUUCCGACUUUGAUGGAAAUGCUCUCCUAAAACUAUAUCUAUCCCUGCAUCUAAAAUCAAGAUCAGUGUUGUUUUUCUAAGUUGUUGAACUGUUCUUAGUUUAUCUGUUCUGUUUCAUACAGUCACAAGUUGUUACUUUCUUUUGAACUUGUAUGAUGGAUUAUUGUAUAACUUGUAAUUAACAUUUUCUACAGAUCCUUCAUGUUAUUGUUUCCCU